GGCAUUUGACAACCGGAAUGAUGAUGAUGAUGUACGCACUUGUGAUGAUUUUGACCACGCAGAUGACCACAGUGCUGGGACAUGGUCGCCUUAUGGACCCACCGGCACGAAAUGCUAUGUGGCGUUUCGGCUAUCCCAAUCCGGUUAACUACAAUGACAAUGAGCUCUUUUGUGGUGGCUAUGCGGUGCAAUGGGAACAGAAUAGCGGUCGCUGUGGUGUCUGUGGCGAUGCCUAUCAUGUGAAAUCGCCCAGACCACAUGAGGCUGGUGGUGAAUAUGCCAAGGGCAUCAUCUCCCGUUACUAUACGGCUGGACAGGAGAUCGAUGUGGAGGUGGAGCUGACUGCCAAUCAUUACGGUCGAUUCGAAAUGUAUCUCUGCCCCAAUAACAAUCCACGACAGGAGGCUAGCCAAGAGUGCUUCGAUAGAUAUCCAUUGCUAAUAUCGGGCAGUCGAGAGCAUCGUUAUCUCAUUCCACGUGAUGCCAAAAAGAAGGACAUAUUCCGUUAUCGGGUCCGUUUGCCGGCAUAUGUAACCUGUACACAAUGUGUUCUGCAAUGGACUUACUACACGGCCAACAUGUGGGGCACUUGCUCGAAUGGAACUGAGGCUGUUGGUUGCGGCAAGGCGGAAACUUUUCGUAAUUGCGCGGACAUUGCCAUCAUAUCGAAUACUGGAGGCGGUGUACCGCCCAUUUUCGUAAAUAAUAAAUCGCCAUAUCUGCUAUACUAUCGGGAUUAUCGUGCACCUGAAGAUAAUAAUAUCUUCCCCUUGAUUGUGAGAGAUCAAAAGUGCAUAGGAGCACCGCCAUUCCGUUCCCUGCCCGGCAUCGAUAACUGGUGUGAGAUCAACUGUCUACGCUAUCCACCCAAUUGCCCGGAGACGGCCUGUCAUUGUCCUCAGGAGUGCGUGGCCAUCGGCGAGCUGGCUGGACGUGAGGGAGCCGAUACCUAUUGCAUGGAUGAAUGUCUCAAUUACAAAUCGAAUUGCCCACGUGACAGAUGUCGCUGCUACUAGAAGAAAACCCC